AGGGUUUUCUCGCUUGGCACGGGGAAUUCUUCCCGACUCUCGUCUAACCUUCUUCUCCGAUAUUAUUCCAAGUCAAGCAAGAAUAGAUUUACAACAUGGAGUCGCAGAGGGAGAGAGAGACUGAGAGAGACUGUGUAGAUAAAGAGGGGGCAUCUUGAGCAAGAGAGAAGAGAGAGGGGAUUAAUUAUUGAUGGAGGGGAGAAAUUGGAAGAGAUCCAAGUCCCAAGUAGGCGUUGUAUCGGAGGAGAAAGAGGAUGGUGAUCACAAGAGUAACACUUACGAAUAUCCCUCAAGCUUGAUGCAAACGGAUCGAUCUCAACGAGAUACAUCUGCUAUCGUAUCUGCCCUUGCUCAAGUCAUUGCAAACCCUGCUGCCAAUGCAUCUCAUCAUGCAUCCCACAGUUCAUCAGGAUCUUUAUCUCAAAGUUCGCUUCAUGAUCAUCAGGUUCCAGAUGCACAAGCAGGAAAGAACAAGAAGCUGGAGGUGAGGAAUAGGAAUUAUAGAGGGGUGAGGCAAAGGCCGUGGGGUAAGUACGCGGCUGAGAUACGAGACCCAAAGAAGGCAGCUCGAGUGUGGCUCGGGACAUUUGACACCGCGGAGGGAGCCGCAAUGGCUUAUGACGAAGCCGCCCUCAGGUUCAAAGGCAACAAGGCCAAGCUCAACUUCCCUGAAAGAGUUCACUCGUUGCCUGCACCCUAUAGUACCGCUAGUGAUGCUUCUCAGUCUCAAUCCAUGGAGCUCUCUCCAGCUUUCAGCUCAUGUGACAAUAACGUUGGGGCUCAACUGAUGGAUGGUUGUGUCAUGCCACCUCCACGUCCCAGCUUCGUGCACGGACAAGGUCCUACUUCUUCAGCUUCCGCUGGUGAUUAUUUUCACUCUCUCCAGCCUACUCUUUCGUCAUCAUCGUCUUCUUCCAUGCCAUCCUCGUUCCAUCAACACGAUCCCAAACUUUGUUUCGAUGGCUUUUCUUCUUCUUCGAGAUCCUCCAAAGAAUAAGACAUCACUCAGCUAUUAAAUGUUCCAUCCACACCUUAAGAAAGUCACUACUUGCUCUUAGUUACUUUAUUAAGCUUCAUCGCCUUAUAAACUCACUCUCUCUUAAUUUAAGGACUUAACGUACAUUUUAUUUAUGCAGCGUCCUUCCUCCAAUCCAUUCUUGUUUCCUUUUUCUUGAGAUGUGAAAUGUUAAAUUAGAUAAUAAUCUUGUGAGACAGAAGGGCAGAUGGGGUUUUAAGGGUCUUUUUUAAAGUACGAAAUGGAAUGGUAAGGGUGUAUCCUAGCUAACAACCACUAUGUAAAAUUGGAUUGGCAUGCUAAAUACUCCAUAUUC